CCCAGCUGUCACCGUUGUCAGCAACUUUUGCUCUGCUGCUGUCAUUGUGGAUUUCUAAAUAUUUUUAUUUAUUUCUUUAUUCCAUUGUUGCAAAACGAGGACGGCAAAAAUGAGUUUUGAGAACGUUAGUAACGGGAAUAGUAAGGAGGAGCGGAAAUAUCACGAUCGCAACAAAUCCGACGACUUGCAAAUCUCGAGGACUGACAUGAAUAUGUUGAUUAUGAAUUACUUGGUCACAGAGGGUUUCAAAGAGGCAGCUUUGAAAUUUCAACAAGAGGCAGGUCUUCAGGAGCCAGCACUAUGUAGUUCAUUAGACGAGCGUAUCAUGAUUCGUGAGGCUGUCCAGAGCGGGCGCAUUCCCGACGCCAUCGCCAUGGUCAACGCACUGCACCCUGAACUCCUGGACAAUGAUAGAUACCUCUAUUUUCAUCUACAGCAACUUCAAUUACUCGAGCUGAUUCGGGCAGGCAGAGCUGAGGAAGCGUUAGCUUUCGCCAGUGCAACACUAGCUGAGGCUGGAGCAAAUGACCGUAAUGCCCUCACUGAGCUGGAACGCUCCCUUGCCCUGCUGGCGUUCCCCGAUCCCCACGCAUCACCCUUUGCCGACCUGCUGUUGCCGUCACAUAGUCAGAAGAUUGCAAGUGAAUUGAAUGCAGCAAUUCUAAAGAUGGAAAACCAAGAGUACACCAACCCAAAGCUGUGCAGUCUGCUCCGCAUGAUCCUAUGGUCACAGAACGAACUUGACAAGCACAACAUCAAGUACCCCAAGAUGACAGACCUAGCCAACGCAACUAUAGAGCAGCCAAAGUAGACAUUUAGUAAUAAUUUACGUGACGUUUGUAAGCUUAUUGUGUUUUAACCCCACAUUUUAUUUAUUUCUCACCACUGUAAUAGCAAUAUGUGAAGUUAGACUUUGAUAAACUUUCAUUACUAAAUAUGAACAUUACUACAAUCAAAAAUAUACAUAUAAGCACUUUUUGUUGUGUCAAUUCAUUUAUGUAAAGUUGAAGUAUAAAUAUUUAGUCAAGUACUUUGUAGUCUGCUCAUUAAUCAAUAGUGAAUUUAUUUGUAUAAAGUUGUAAGAAAAUCAAGCCUAUAAAAUAUGAUUUGUAUGGAAAAGAAAAAAAAAUAAAUUAUCUUUAUGAAGUUUAGUAGAGGUAGAUAGGGAUACCUUCCAAAUUUUAUUAUUGGACAUAUUAUGACUUGGUAAAAAUUAUCUCUCUAGAUUUAAGUAUUUUAUAUGUAACAUUUAGAAAUAAACAAUUAUAAUUAAGACUUUAAUUUUAAAGAUAAACAAGUAAUUAAUGUUA